UGUAUAUAUCUAAAUAUACGAUGUUAUUUCGCGAGUGUUUUCGAAAAGUGUUCUCCUGGACAACGCAAACUAACACGUCGUUCGGAACACGUUAUGUUGGCAUCAGACUUUGCACGAUCAACUGCUUUGCGUACGAUCGAAGAGACACGACUAUUUGUGCCCUGUCUUCUGGACAUGGAAAAUGUGGCGUAGCGGUAGUAAGAAUAUCAGGAAACCGGUCCAUGGAAGCGCUGAAAAGAAUGACGAACACAUCAAAUCUAGAACCACGAAAAGCUCUUUUGCGAAAAAUACACGAUCCUGAAACAAAAGAAGUCAUUGACAAAGGACUUUGUCUGUGGUUUCCCGGUCCACAUUCGUUUACUGGUGAAGACUCGGUAGAGUUCCAUGUGCACGGCGGACUAGCGAUCUUGACGCGGUUGAUGCAAGCUCUUAAAAAGUUACAGAUAUAUCCGGCAUGGCCAGGCGAAUUUACCAGACGUGCUUUCUAUAAUAACAAAGUCGAUCUGACAGAGGUCGAAGGUCUGGCCGAUCUGAUAGAGGCUGAGACCGAAUAUCAGAGAAAACAAGCACUAUUGCAGGCUGAUGGUGUUUUGCAUAGGUUGUACGAUAGCUGGCGAAAAAUCCUAGCGGAAUCUGUCGCAAAUAUCGAGGCGUACAUUGACUUUAGCGAAGAGGAUAACAUCGAAAGCAACGUUGUGCAAAACGCGCAUCAAGCUCUUAGAAAGUUGAUACAAGAUCUAGAGAAACACCUAACCGACGGCAGACGAGGAGAAAUUCUACGAAGCGGAGUGAGAACUGCGAUUAUAGGCGAACCCAACGUAGGCAAGAGCAGUCUUUUGAAUCACUUGGUGCAGCGUAACGCCGCUAUCGUCACUCCUAUUGCCGGUACCACGAGAGACAUUAUCGAACUGAACACAAAUAUCUCGGGCUAUCCUGUGCUAAUAGCAGAUACUGCAGGUAUCACAGAAAAUAUUGAAGAUAUCGUAGAAGUUGAGGGUGUCCGUCGAGCAAAAAACUAUGCAGAAAACGCUGACUUGGUUAUCGUCGUAGCGGACGCGUUUAAGUGCGCAACUAGUGGAAAGAUAUAUAAGGAAUAUAUACGCGAAUAUCUGUCGUCGUUAGGAAUAGAAGAAUUAUUAACAAAAAUAGGAAAGAAACGUUUUAUCAUACUAAUGAAUAAGGGAGAUCUGUUGAAGAAAGAGCAUAAACGACAGCUAAAUAAUGCUGAAGCAGUUCUGAUAUCUUGUAAGACUGAAGACGGGUUUUGUGACUUAUUACAGUCGCUAACAGAUCGCUUCAAUAACAUAUGCGGUAAUCCAUCUGCGGAGAAUCCAACCAUUAGUCAGGCGAGACACAGGAAUCAUUUAACGCUGUGCUUGAAACAUCUAUACAGGUACUUUGAAUUAUGCGCUAACGAGCAGUACGACAUGGCCAUAGCGACGGAAGAGAUUCACAAAGCGAUGAGAGAGUUAGGAAAGAUAACAGGACACGUUAGCACUAAUGAAAUAUUAGACAUUAUAUUUAAAAAUUUUUGUAUUGGCAAAUAA